AUGAAUCUACGCGGCCGGCGAGAAUUCGAGCAACCGACGAAUCUUCACUGUAGCAUCGCUUUCACGCUCUACCAAUCGACCGCUGUGGUCGGUCUAAUGGGUAGAGCUCGCAUCUUCGGUGCCGAGCUCGACGCUCUUAUGCAGGCACUCGCAGCGAGCACACCCGGCAGCUACGACAGCCUUUCGUUGCCAGAUCAGCAGGUUCGAAAGAAGUUGUUCUGGCUCAAUUUCUUCAUUCGAACCCAUGCUAGACUCGGCGAUCUGGCCUCUCAUCACUUGGACUGGCUCCCAAUCCCUGACACCAUGUUUUACGACCCAGCUACCCUGGACGCCAUCCUGCCACUGCCUGUGGACGAUGAGUACAUAAAAGACGAUACGGUUCUACCACAGCCUUCUGACUACGUGGGUAUCACAGCUGGCUUCCUUGGCAUAAUCCGGAUCUUCUUGUGCUUUGUGGCACCAAUGGCUGGCAACCCGCGAGGAAGAGUCAUUAAUGCCGUAGAAGGCAUUGAGUAUGUCUCAUCAGUGGAAACGCCUCGUCAAAGGGUGGACCGGAAAGCAUCUGAUGACCUCCAGGACAUGUUGCUUCGAAUUCACCGUGUCGCCGAUCACAUGCCACGUCCACUAGCAUUGUGGCUAGAUCCAAACUUCCAGCCCGCUGAAGUUCAGCAAGCCUUGGCUGACCAACUGGCAUCGAUGCGGGCUAACAUCCAUGUGACCCGUCUUUGGGCCCGAUAUCUCAUCUUCGACAGACUAGUCGCAGUCCAGGAAGCGCUCUACGGCAAAGCUGUGACGAACCGCAGCCUCAUCAUCUCCGAGCACGAAGCAAUAUGCGACGAUCUUCUUCAAUUCUUAGCAAGUGUUACAAUUCGGAAUCUGGAAAGCAACGGAGUGACCAUAUCAUUUAAGAUCCGCCAGGUAGCUGCCCUGCUCCUGGACUAUUCGUCAGGUCGUUCGCAGACCUCGUUCUUUCCAGGCAGCCCUCAAGCAGCAAGUCCUGAUGAGCAACACCAGCACCGUCUGGCGGAGCGUGCGGACAGCCUCAUCGACAAGUUCUUGACUUUGCUCACACAGAUGGACUCGGCCACCUUCCAGGAUUCACAGAUGAUGCUCUGCAGUCAGAUGGGCAAUAGCUCGAGCGAGAUCAAUGCUGCUGUCGGCUAA